CUUGAGGGGCUUGUGCUUUCAGGGCAUUGUUACUUGAAGUUUUCUAGAGGAAUUGAUUGUGACUUCACUCGCCCCAGUCAACACAGCGGAGAUCACAGUACAUCAACCCCAAAUCUCAGAGAGUCGGGGGACAUUGCUCAAAGCAAUUUGCAUGUACCGAUUUGCAAAAGCCCCCUUCUUAGCACUUCAUCUUAACCCCAUGGCACCCGACUCUGCGGCACUCAAAUCCAAAUUGAAAAAUAACUCGACAUCUUCAACUCCUCAAAACUCGCAACGCGCCAAAUCCCCAUCCCCAUCCCCCAAUCUCAAAUCUUAUGCUAUCUUAGCUCGCCACCGUCCAGCUACCAAUAGCAUAACAUUCUAUUUCAAGGACCUGUCCUACUGUCCAAAGUUCCAAAGCCAAUUCCACCCCGUCCACCUCUGUAAACGUAAACUCAAUCCAAUAAUCCCUACCCUUACCUCCCUACCCAAUAAACUUCCCACUAAAACCCACUGUCAAUGCUCCAGUGCUUAACCCAAAUACUACUUAGUGUCUGCCCAGGGCUGAUUUAGAGUCUCGCGCUGGAGCUUGAUGCGGCACAGUUCAGUGCCUGACCCGGGCACUAGUGGCGUGGUGCGGGGGAUUGGAUCGUUGAGCUGGGUUGUAGUGGUGCUGGUGCUGGUGG